CCACGCGCAUCAAAACGCAGCCACGAAUCCCGACCCCCAUAUCUCCUCGCCUCUAUAACUCAGGACGCCAACAAGAGAGAACGACUCGAACUCCAGCACGGCGCAAGACGACUCACCACGGGCGCCCGCGCCUGUGCGUGCAUGGUUGCGCCGGCGUGCGCCUAUGGCUAUGAGAGGAGCCGGACGCCGCUGAUGCCGGCGACGCAGACUCUUAUGGGCUCGGCCGCGCCAACGGCGCCUCCUCCUCCUCCUCUGCCAAAGGCACCGCCGUCUCUGAUCUUGCCUCACCACCUCGGCCUCUGCACCGAGGGCCUCGGCUCCGAGAGCUCAGGCGACGUCGAUCUUGGCGAUGUCGCCGAUGACGUCGGGCAGGCCCUGCCGUGCAAGAGGCAGUGCCGUGGCAAUAAUGAUGAAAAGAUUAUGGUGUCAACGCUGGCGAGGACGACGAGCGGGAGGGUGUUCCCGCCGCCGAUCUCGGUGAUCGGGGCCGGAGGGAAGCCGUGGCUCUACCUCCGGCCGCACCGCGGGGACGGCCGGCUGGUGCUGCGGGAGGUCAGGAUACCAUCCCAGGAGCUGCUCCAGGCGCGCCGAGAGGACGGCCGGUUCAAGCUCCACUUCACGCAUCCGGAAGAAGAAUUUCAACUAGCAGAUGAUCAUCCGUGCCAAGGGCAAGAACUAGCAGAUGCGAUGGUGCGAGAGCGAGAGCAAAAGGAGAAUGAAUAGGAGCUGGUUUUAGUUCCUUUCUCGGAGGUUUAAUCAGUACUUGCCAACAAGUUCCACACGCCAGUGUUGUUUCUUUUCCCUUCCGAAGAGAUGUAAAUACAGCGAAAAUUUUGCUCUGUUUUGAGUCACUUCUUCAAUCAUCCAAUCCAUUGUUACGGCUUUGCAUUA